UGGGAGGCACCUCACUCAUUAGAUUUCCCUCGUAAGGUCCCGUUCACAAAGUGAAGAUGCUGCUGCGCCUCUGUGAGGAAGCCUGCGAUGUGCGCCAGCGGAACAGCUGUAUCUUCGUAUCCCGGUGAACUUCUGACGAGACAGAAGCACCAAGGACCGAGAAACAGCUCCUGAGACUCACAGACUGAAGCUGCUCUCCGGGGAUCAUUUCACUACUGAAGGAACAACGCGUUUUGACUUCAUAUGUUUCUUAAUGCGCAAAGCUGGAGCGCUUGAGGUUAACUUUGAGCUUUCUGUUGUUCGAUUUGAAACGCUAUCUUUUUAUUAGUAAAUCACUGUAAAUAUUGCAUAGUAACUUUAUUUCACUUUAUCUAAACCAUUCAGUGUUCGCUGUUCAGAUGAGACUGUCAGUUAUACGCGCGUCUCCAAACGAGGACGCACGGAGAUCUCAAGAGGGGUCGAGAUUAUUUACUCUCAUUCGAUCUUGUUUUUUCGAAUCUAAAUGACAUUAUUAUAAAUGUAAUCUUCUCAUCGUUAAGACAGUAAUUAACCCACUAAGAAAGAAAAGAAUCAAACUUCGUGCGCUAAAGAAGUUUUAGUUUUUCGGGCAGAGCAAUCAGCAUCACCAUUUUUCUGGGGGGGUGGGACGUAAUCUGUUUUACAAAGUGGCAAAUCUUUUUAAUUGAAAAACCGUGAUCUGUGUCUUGCCGCAUUGCCCAGAACUGUUUUGUAUGCUUAAAAUGGACUUGGAAGAGAUCCCGUGGAGGAUGCAAGGGAGCACUCGUUUGGAAACAACAGAGGGACACAACGAGAGCAACUGAGUGACCAAACAAAAACGCUGGAAAGCUAAUCCCAGCAUGGCCUCGGUUAUGGAGAACGGCUGCUCCAUGGAGCUGAGCGGCUGGAACAGCAGUGUGACCAGCGCCGGAGCCUCCGUGCCCUGCAACCAGAGCAUCCUGAAGCUCGCCCCUUACUCCCCUGAAGCCACGGCGGCCUUCGCCACCGCUAUAACCUUGAUGGUCCUCUUUACCAUCGUGGGGAACAUUAUGGUCAUCAUCGCUGUCCUGACCAGCCGGUCUCUCCGAGGACCGCAGAAUCUGUUUUUAGUGUCACUGGCUGCUGCAGACAUUUUAGUGGCCACACUCAUCAUCCCCUUUUCUCUGGCCAAUGAACUGCUUGGCUACUGGUACUUCAAAUCUCUGUGGUGUGAGAUCUACCUAGCGCUGGAUGUGCUGUUUUGCACCUCCUCCAUUGUGCACCUGUGCGCCAUCUCACUGGACCGCUUCCUGUCAAUUUCCAGGGUUACUUACGGGCGUCAGCGGACUCCCAAACGCAUCAAAGCCGCUAUCGUGGUGGUGUGGCUCAUCUCUGCCGUCAUCUCUUUCCCUCCCCUGCUCUCACUGAACAAAAGCGAAGGAGGGGAUGAGGGGAGUGAGAGGGGACCUCAGUGCAGGCUGAAUGAUGAACGCUGGUACAUCCUUUACUCCACCAUCGGCUCCUUCUUUGCUCCAUGCCUCAUCAUGAUUCUGGUCAACAUAAGAAUCUACCAAAUUGCCAAACAGAGAACACGUUGUCCACCAGGAGAGCCCAGGAAGGAUGGGGUCGGCUCUGCUACACCAAGUCAGCCUCCACGACAUGUACAAGCCAACGGGAAGGAUGAUGAAGAAAGCACACCCCCGUCAUCGAACAAAACAUCCAAUGUCAGACCCCCAACCCUCGCCAUCACUCCUUCUCCUUCCCCAGGAGAGACUCAAACCUCCCAGAAUCCCACCUCCAAUAAUCUUCUGCAACCUCCAUCCCCUUCUCUAGCCAUGACCCCUGUUACAACCUCCCUUGAUACUUCUCCUCUUGGCCCCUCAACUCCCUCCUCUGUGCCUCAGUCUGCCCCUGCCAAGACUAAAGAGAAGGGGAAGAAGGGCAAACGGCAGGGAGGAAAAAAAGCUGACAAUAACAAUGGUGACAGCUCAAGCACAGACAGCGAUAUGGAGCACAGCCAUGGAGGAGGCCGAGGCAGCACCAGCAUGCCAGGAUCACCUGCAGGAGGGGGGGUCCACUCCCCGGCCUCAGUCAAGCGUUACCGGGACAUGAUCGCCACUUCGAAGGGGGCUCGGCUGGUGCCAGGGAGAAGGUCAAAAGCAGAGAACGACCCUGGAGCAGCGAGGCGUAAAGCGAUGGUUAACAGAGAGAAGCGUUUCACAUUUGUUCUGGCGGUGGUAAUCGGUGUCUUUGUGGUGUGCUGGUUCCCGUUCUUCUUCUCCUACUCUCUGCAGGCAGUGUGUCCGGAGACAUGUGCCAUCCCUGGUCCACUCUUUACGUUUUUUUUUUGGAUCGGUUACUGCAACUCCUCACUCAACCCAGUCAUCUACACCAUUUUCAACAAAGACUUCAGAAAGGCCUUCAAAAAGAUACUGUGUAGUAGCACCAAGGGUACUUUCUUUUAGCAUACAUAUCCCCUGUAUAGGACAUGAACUCAAAAAGCAUAUAAAAAUCAACAAUUUCCAUUUCCGAACACUCAAAGGGCUGUCUUAAAAAAAUGUUGAACUGUGGAAAUUCCAGCAUGAAGUUCAGAACUGAGAGACACUCUUUUACAGCCACAGUGUGCCAAACAGGCAACUUGGACUGUGAAAUCGCAGCUUUCAGCAGAUACACGCAUACAUUUUUACAUGGUGUGGGAUGAAAACAGGACAUGGAAUAGAGGCAGCACUCAAUACUUGACUGCUUUACACGUAUUUUGAUUACAAAGUUUUAUCUCCAGAUCACAUUGAAUUAUGGAUAAUGCUGGGGCACAGGCGGUGCAGAAUCAUUGAAGAAAUGUAGGCUAUACACUCUUUAUAAAACUGACAGAGGGAAGCAGAAGAACAGUUGAGAAUGAACUCCUAAAUAAGAAUACAGACAGUUUAAUGUAAAAUAUAUAAUAUGUUGUAAUUAUUAAAUUCUACAGGACUAAUGGGAAAAGAAAACAAGUAUAAAUAAGAAAAGUGACCUUAGGUUUCUGUGAGCCUAUGGCCAUUUAUUUAUCGAUACAGAGCACAAGGAGCACACAAGCUUAGUGGUGAUUUCUUACAUCUGCAGUCCUAAUUUGCCCAGCUGCAGGGCAAACAUGUGUUCCCCUGAUUUUUAUCUAAAACACGCAGCAGCAGCAGCAACAACAACAACAACAACAAGAGAAGGUUUCUGACAAUUUCAAGCGUGAUGGCACAGACAAGGGCACCCUUUCAAAUUGAACUUGAGGGCUUUCAUAAGGAAAGCAUGCACAUCAGACACCUUGCUUGUGGCUUGGUGUGGGUCAUAAUGGACAAUCAGGUUGUUUGUAAUGAAACUCAUGGCUGUCACCUUUUAUGAAAUACAGAAUAAGCUUAAGUGUGGGGGAUUUUGGACUUAAAAGUAAACAACAAAAUGUUAGUGAGAUGUGAAAAGAAGACAAUGUGAUCAUCCUCAUCCUCUUAGCUUUGCUGUUUCAUGCUAUUUAACUUAACCUGGACUUUCACACCAAUGGACUGGAUUGAGCAAUCCUUUUAAUGAACACGGAUGUGACAAUGACAUUUGAGGAACAAUCAAAACUCUUUUUAGCCUCUUGAAAGUGUUUCAAAUGUUAUUCACAGUAUCUAAUGGGAGGUGCAUCCGAUGAAGACUGAAAAAAAACUAGAUUCUUAUUAUUCAACGUUAUUUUCCAGAACCCUGAUUAAGCGGGUAGACAUUUACAUUGACUGUAAAGGACACAUAAACAAUGCAAUUAUGGAUGUGUAAUGUUAUCCCUAAUUACGCCUACAUGGGUUAUUCUGAGAACCAUUUGGUUGAGUCACUCUUUACCAACGCCUCUGGCACAUUGUCACCUGCAGUGGACCUCAACAUGGCACAUUUGGUUUAUAGCUGAGAGGCAAGAGCAUAAAUGGUACAUUUAUUAUUCUCACCAUGAGACUGAGGCUCUGUCAGAUUCCUUGAUGAAAAAGAACAGAAAAUGUGUCUUUAAAUGUGAACAGCACACAGGCUUAUUGACUCAAUGGGACAAGGGCUGUCAGCAGCAACACUUCAAUUUACUAAUUGUCUAAUACUGCUGACCUGUGUGUGUGUGUGUGUGUGUGUGUGUGUGUGUGUGUGUGUGUGUGUGUGUGUGUGUGUGCGUGUGUGCGUGCGUGCACGUGUUGACUUUAAUGCUUUUCUGUAAAGAGUGUCAGUGCCUCAUCAGGCUGCUAUGUACUGCAGAUCUACUGCAAUAUUGAUAAGAGUAGAGACCAGAAUUCCUGGUGCAGACAUCACUUUGUGAAUGUUUCUACUUGAUGGACAGAUCAGUAUGGACAUUGCUACAUUGAGUUAAGUCUUAUUGAACUGAAAGUCAGUGUUUAUCAGUACAUGGCUAUUUAGUGAACACCCUCUAGGGACCAAAGAGCCUUAUAGGACAUCAGCCUGACUCAGUGAUAUCUGGCUCUGUGUUGCUUUAAUGAAGUAUUACUUUAUAUAUGGUGUAUGUGACGAGAGGAAAAGAUUCAAAACACUGUAUUAUUUAUUUACAAACUAUUUUGUGUUUUCUGUCUGUUACCUAUUUAUUGUUCAGUUAGGCUACUGUGCUUUUAUUCUGAAAGUCAAGCAAAGUGGAACUGAUAUCAAAGAGCGAGAUCACUGUACAGAUUUGUAAUAUCUUUAAUAAGAGCUGAAUUGAUUUGUGUCGUCGAGCUCUUGCUUUGUGGAGAUUGAGCUAUAUAUGAGUUUGGGAUGUAUUUGUGUUGAAUUGAAGGAACACAAACUUUGAGUUAUGUGCAUAAUGCAGAAUCUACAAAUGUAACAUAUGUCAUUGUUUCAUCAAGUUAUAGUACAGCAAAAUGUUCAAUCAGAAAUACAAGCACAUUCAUGGAUGUACAUUUUUUUAAGCAUACUGCAGCAGGAAAAUCUCUCUGUUUUCCUGAAAAAGUAAUCGAACAUGAAAAUGUUAUUAGCACCCGUAGCCUGUUUCAGUUGGAUGAUUUGCAGGCUUUUUGCAGGCUACAAUCCAUACCACACAGAGAUGUUUGGAGAUUCAAAUAACUGAUAAAACAAAAUGGUUGAGAGUAAGAGCUCUGUGCACUUAAACAUCUGUUCCCUUCACUCAUCUGAAAGGGUUAUUUUCUCUCCUGAAAUACAAACAGCUAUAGCAACGCAAUUACAACAAAAAUAGCCACAGAGGCCAUGAAUCCAUGGCCGUUUCCAAUAAAUAUGAGUUGCAAUGCUGCUCAAAUCCCCCAACCAUGGGUUUAUGUGGUGAGACUGCUGCUUUGUUUAUUUUAAAAAGUAUGAAUUAUGGCUAAAAGGUGACAGAUGCAGUAAUCUGUCUCUUGAUCACCAUGCUCUCCCCUGAAACUGCCUGUACUGUUUCUUCUCCUACUGUGUUUGGACUAAACUGCAUUGUCUGAGCUUUACAAUCUUCUAUCCGCCAUCUGUCACCUUCUCUCUCCAGUUUGGAAAUAAAGCUACUUGAAAAAUCACGA